CUGUCAAUCAUGAUCAAGCAAUAUUCUUAUUGGGUGGGGGAAAGCUCUGCGUAUCUCACGCGACGUCAUCACGCACUUUUCCAACCUGCCCUUGAAGCCACAACACAGGCAAGAUGGUUGCAUACUGGAGACAGGCAGGCCUAAGCUACAUCCGCUUCUCCGCUAUCUGCGCUAACGCGGUGCGGGCUGCUUUGAAGCCGCAGUUCAAAGUCGAGGCAAUAAAGGCCGCAGAAUCCAGUGUGAAAGUCCUCAAACCCAAAACAGCAUGAUAUGAGACCAUGAUGUAGAUAUGUUUUUCCUUGAGUUGUGAGGUCCUGUCCUGCAAUCUGUGGAGAAUAAAGGGGGG